AUGACCAAAUUAUUUGUUAUCUUCGGUGCCACUGGCCAGCAAGGUGGUUCUCUUCUUGACUAUAUGCUCAACCAUCCCCAGUUCUCCAAAGCAUACCACUUUCGGGCCAUUACACGGGAUGCUUCGAAAUCCACCGCCGAAGGACUUAGGAAGAAGGGGGUGGAAGUCGUGCAAGCAGACAUGGACAAGCCAGAGACUCUUGGUGCGGCAGUCUCUGGUGCCUACGGCGUAUUUUCCGUGACCAACUAUUGGGAAAGCAGAGAUGCAGCUAUAGAGAUCACGCAGGGAAAAGCUGUCGCUGAUGCAGCACGAGCAGCAGGUGUCUCAGUAUUCAUUUGGUCUUCAUUGCCCAAUGUGACAAAGUUCAGCAAUGGGGAGUUGACGACCGUCCAUCACUUCGAUAGCAAAGCCGAAGUUGAAAAGUAUAUUCGGACACUCUCAUUUUCAAGUUGUGUAUUUAUAAUGACGGCCUUCUUCAUGCAAAAUAUUUUCAGUCCUAUUAUCGCGCCGCCAAAGCUUGACAACGGAAUUGUCAUGUACAAUUUCGCUUGGAACCCAUCGGAUCGGAUACCUUAUAUCGACAUCGCGGACAUUGGCAAAUUCAUAGCCCCAGCCCUUCGGGAUCCCAUCAAAUACAAUAAUGCUCGCUUGACUGCAGCUACAGCCUAUUAUACAGCCCAGGAGAUGAUCGACACGUUUUCUGAAGUGUCAGGCAAGAAGGUUGUACUACCAACAGAAGCAGAGAUCCUGCUCUUGACGGAUGAUCCAAUGAAGCAAAGUCUGGCCCGGCCCCCCGUGCUUUUCACAAAAUGGGGGUACUAUGGACCGACUGGUGAGGAAGAUUUGAAAUGGACGCUGGCGCAAAUGGAUGAGAAACCUAAGAACUUGAAGCAAUUUUUCGAGGAAAAUGGGCCCUGGUUUCAGUAA